AUGGUGAAGGGGAUCACUUGUCCAGAGAACAGCCAUUAUGAACCCUGUGCCACUGCCUGUCCUGCCAGCUGCAUGGAUUCCACUGCCCCCCUGUACUGCACCCAGCCUUGCAGAGAGGGUUGUGUUUGCAACAAAGGCUACAUUCUCAGCGGAGCAGUGUGUGUGUCCCUGAGACAGUGCGGCUGCACGUUGAAUGGUCAGUAUCACCAGCUGGGAGAGGAGGUGAUCCUGACAGACACCUGCAGCAGGAAAUGCAGCUGCCGGCAGCCUGCCCAGCCCAUGCAGUGCCAGGAUCAUGCCUGCAGGGCUCUGGAGACAUGCAGCGUUGCGGAUGGCAUCCGAGGCUGUUACCCUGUGAAAUAUGGCACCUGCUGGGUGUUUGGUCAUCCUCACUACACCACGUUUGAUGGAGUCAUGUUUGAUUAUCAAGGAGCCUGCAAGUACACCCUGAGCAAGUACUGUGGCCCCCCUGGGAAACUCCCCGACUUCACCAUCAAAGUAGAGAAUGUGCACAGGGGCUCCAUUGUAGUGUCCUGGACGCACCUGGUAGAGGUGGAUGUCUACGGUGAGCAUAUUGCCAUAGCAGAAGGACAGUAUGGCCAGGUGCAGGUGAAUGGAUCCCUGGUCAAUCUUCCCCUGGUCCUUGCGUCAGGUAAACUCUACGCCUAUUUCAGCGGCUCAGCGGCUGUGGUUCAGACGGAUUUUGGCCUUUCUGUGUCCUACGACUGGUCCUACUAUGUGCUGGUUUCUGUUUCUGAGGCCUAUUCUGGGUUCCUCUGUGGACUCGGUGGGGACUUCAAUGGGAACCGGAGUGAUGAUUUUCGAACCCCAAACGGUUCUGUGGUCCAUGAUGCCGUCACCUUUGGCAAUAGCUGGAAGGAUGCCGACUCCCCUUUUCACUGCACGGCCGUUGGGCUCCCAACCCAAUGUAACAAAGUGGAACUAGCCCAGUACAAAUCUGAGCGCUACUGCGGGGUUAUCACGGAUACUACUGGGCCUUUUAAAGAGUGUAACCAGCCGGUUGCAGCGCAGGUUCACUUAGAGAGCUGCGUGAGGGAUGUGUGCGCGACUCGGGGCAGCCACAAGACCCUGUGUGAAGUGCUUCGCAGUUAUGCCCAGCAGUGUCAAAGUCGCAGCAUUGCCAUUGAGCCAUGGAGACAACGGGCUGGCUGUGCCCUCCCGCUGCUGGACUGCGUGUGA